AUGGGUGAAAUUGGAAAGGUUUUCAUCAAGGAUCCUGAUUGUAAGGAUGCUUUCAUGGGAUUGGAAAAGUUGAUUUUCAGAGUUGUUCACAAUGCUGAUAUUUCUGCCACUGCACAAACAAAACCAAAAGUGAGAAGAAUUGAAAUUAAUCUUGCUGAUCUUUUGGGAAUUCCAACAAGUAAUGAAGCUCAACAACAACCAAAGAAAGAAGAACCAAAGAAAGAAAAGAAAGAAACUACUUCUACACCUCAAUCAUUCAGAGAAUUAUUACUUCAAAGAAUGAAGGAAAUGAGAGAAGAACAAAAGAGUCAACCAUCACAAACUCAAGAAAAGAAACAAGAAGAGAAACCAAUUGAAACUUCUCCAAGUGCAGCUGUUGCUUCUCAGCCGAAAGGAGAAGAAUCAAUUCAACAACAAGUGAAGGAACAAGAAAUUGUUGCCGAAAAUACUCCAAAUAUGACCAGAUACAAGACUGCACAAGUGUAA